AAUAUAUUCAAUCCCAUGUGAAGGUGCUUCAAAGUCAAAGUUCAUCAUCUUUAGGAAGGGAGGAGGAUGCUAAGCUUUGUAUGUGCUUCUUCUCUUCAACACAGAAACUGAUCAGAGAAGAACAAUGGACUCAAACUCAACGUCAAACCAAUCUGAUGCAGUUCAAUACCCUACUGCAGAUCGUUCGAGAACUUGGUUCUUCCGAUCAUUACAUGCCUUGUGUGGCCGUCAGUCUUUUUCUGAUUUGAACAUCUUGGAUGAAGAAGGUACAACUACAACUGAUUUGAACAUCUUGAAUGAAGAAGGUACAACUGAAAUUGCUUGUUCUUCGAAUGAGGAUGAAGAAGGUACAACUGCAGCUGCUUGUUCUUGGAAUGAUGUUGAUAGGACUCAAAGCUAUAGAUAUAGAUACGACGUGUUUAUCAGUUUCAGAGGUAUUGACACCCGUAAAACCUUUGCUGACCAUCUCUAUGCUCAUCUCACUAGAAAAGGUAUUUUCACGUUCAUGGAUGACCAGCAGCUCGAGAAAGGGGAAUCCAUUUCACUCCAACUUCGACAGGCAAUUCAACAAUCGCGUCUUUCUAUAGUUGUCUUCUCAGAAGAUUAUGCUGGCUCAACUUGGUGUUUGGAUGAAAUGACUGUUAUUGCCGACUGCCUUACAAAACUAAAACAAAUUGUUUUACCUGUUUUCUAUUAUGUCGAUCCAUCUCAUGUCCGAAAACAAAAUGGAAAGUAUGAGAAUGCCUUUGUUUUACACACGGAGACAUUCAAACAUGUUGAUCCACAGAAGGUUGAUAGGUGGAAGAGAGCUAUGACCUGUUUGGCUGGAUUAGCUGGUUGGGAUGUGACCGAUAAGUCAGAAUAUAAAGCGAUUGAAAUUAUUGUCCAGGCUGUAAUAGAAAAGUUGGGUCAUAAGUUCUCAGGUUUUGCUGAUGACCUGAUCGGAAUACAAACUCGAGUAGAAGAAUUAGAAUUUAUGUUAGAACUAAGUUCAGAUGAUGAUGGUUGUCGAGUUUUAGGAAUAUGGGGGAUGGAUGGCAUAGGAAAGACAACUCUUGCAAAUGUCUUGUAUGACACAAUCUCCCAUCAAUAUCAAUUUGAUGCUUGUUGUUUCGUUGAGGAUGUCAGCAAAAUUUAUAGAGAUGGUGGUGCUAUUGCUGUGCAGAAACGAAUUCUAGAUCAGACUAUAAAAGAAAAAAAUCUGGAAGGAUACAGUCCAUCUGAAAUAUCUGGAAUUAUAUCAAACAGGCUAUACAAGUUGAAGCUCCUACUAGUCCUCGACAAUGUUGAUCAAUCUGUGCAACUACAAGAAUUGCAUAUAAAUCCUAUAUCCCUUUGUGCAGGAAGUAGAAUAAUCAUAACCACUAGGGAUAAGCAUAUUCUCAUAGAAUACGAAGCUGAUAUAGUUUAUGAGGCUGAAUUGCUGAAUGAUAAUGACGCUCAUGAACUUCUGUGUAGAAAAGCCUUCAAAAGUGAUUAUUCGAGCAGUGAUUAUGAAGAGCUGAUUCCGGAGGUACUAAAGUAUGCUCAAGGUCUUCCAUUAGCAAUUAGAGUAAUGGGUUCUUUCUUGUAUAAAAGAAAAACCGCCCAAUGGAGAGCAGCGUUGGAAGGAUGGCAGAAUAAUCCAGAUAGUGGAAUUAUGAAAGUGCUUCGGUCAAGUUUUGAGGGACUAGAGCUAAGAGAGAAAGAAAUAUUUUUGCACGUUGCUUGCUUCUUUGACGGGGAGAGGGAAGAUUAUGUAAGGAGAAUUCUACAUGCUUGUGGAUUGCAGCCUAAUAUUGGAAUUCCACUUCUUGUUGAAAAAUCACUAAUAACUAUUAGAAACCAAGAAAUUCAUAUGCAUGAAAUGUUGCAAGAGUUGGGGAAACAAAUUGUUCGCGAACAACAUCCUGAUGAGCCGAGAUUGUGGAGUAGAUUAUGGCUUUACAGUGAUUUCUGUCAUGCAAUGACUACACAAUCGGAAGGAAUAAAAGCUAAAGCCAUAAUUCUAAAUCAAAAGGAGGAAGUCAGCAAAUUCAAUCAUUAUAGGGAUGAAGAUUUAUCGACAAUGAAAAAUUUGAAAGUGCUCAUAUUGUAUCAUACAAAUUUUUCAGGAAGCCCCAUAUUUCUUUCUAAUUCCCUAUACUAUCUUCUGUGGAGUGGUUACCCUUUCAUGUCUCUGCCAUCAAAUUUUAAUCCAUAUCAGCUCGUAGAAUUGAAUAUGCCGGAUAGCAACAUUGAGCAACUAUGGAUAGGCAUGCAGCAUCUCCCCAAUUUGAAAAGGAUGGAUCUUAGCAACUCUAAAAAUCUGAAGAUGACUCCAUGUUUUGAUGGAAUCCUAAACCUGGAGCGGCUAGAUCUUACAGGAUGCAUAAACUUAUCGCAUGUGGAUCCAUCAAUUGGACUUCUUACGGAACUUGUAUUCUUGAGUUUGCAGAACUGUAGUAGUCUAGUUAGCCUUGAUUUUGGAAAUUCAGCACAAUUAUGGUCUCUAAAAGUUUUGCGUCUCUCUGAUUGCACACAACUGGAAAACACACCGGAUUUCAGUGGAUUGAGUUUUCUACAGUAUCUUGAUAUGGACCGAUGUGCAAGUUUAUCAACAAUUCAUGAAUCUAUUGGGGCUCUUGCAAAUCUUAGAUUCCUAAGUUUGAAAGACUGCACAAAUCUUGUAGGGAUACCCGACAGUUUUAAGAAGAUGGCAUCGCUUAGAACUCUAGAUCUAUGCAGAUGCUCGAAAUUUACAGAGCUAGGAUGUACUUCCACUUCUCCUCUGCAUCUGCAAUCUUUGAUUUAUCUAGACUUAAGCUUUUGCAGUAUUUCCAUAAUACCUGAUGCUAUUGGAGAAUUAAUGUGUUUGGAACGACUAAAUCUUCAAGGAAAUAACUUCACUUCAAUUCCUUCUUCAUUAAGUUGGCUUCACAAUCUAUCGUAUUUAAACUUGUCUCAUUGCCAUAAGCUUUGGAGUUUGCCUUCGCUCCCUAUCCCAACAGAAAGUGGUCCAUCAGAUUCAGUUGGAAGAUAUUUUAAAACAACAUCUGGAUCCCGUAAUCAUAGAUCAGGAUUAUAUAUUUUUGAUUCUCCCAAUUGCAUGAAGUCUAUAUCCUUGUUGGGCAACAUAUAUUUCAAUUACUUCCCCAUUACAUGGGUAUUAAGACUAUUGAAGGAACCUCUUCUCUUUCGGUGCGGCUUUGACUUUGUUGUUCCUUGGCAUGAGGAAACUAACGGCUCUGAUGGAAAACGUGCUUUCUGCUCUGACAAUAUUUCAGACUUGUUCGAUUACCAAUUUAUAGGGGGUUCAAUAGUAAGUAUAAAUAACUCUUUUAUGGAUGCUGACUGGCUCGGCUUUCUCUUUUUUGUUACAUUUGAGUUAAAGAACCAUCAUGUACUGUCUAGUUCUCCACAUCCAUCACACUCUUUGCCACCACUACCACAUCCUUUUUAUCUUUCUUUUGAGAGUGAAUACACGGAAGAACGCUUUGAUAUGUCACUAGAUUUGGAACGAAAUACGGUUGAUGGCAAAAACUAUCUUUGGACAAUCUUUAUCUCUCGGGAACACUGUCAUUUUGUAGAAACAGGAGUACAAAUCACAUUUAAAGCCCGCCAAGGUUUGAUUAUUAAGGAAUGGGGGUUGCGAGUUGUAACCAAGAUAGACAUAGAGGGCUCAAAAAUGAGAACGAGUGUACAUCUUCCUUUGCAGUUCAUAGAUAAUGCAGAAGGAAGCAGCAUCGUCAACGACAACAACUUUGAGACUAAAAUCCAACUUCCUUACAAUUGGUUAGUUUCUAACGAAGAUUCAAUCGAGAAUGAUAGAACCAAGGGAAAAGAAACCGAUCUCUUUAAUCUUGGCCUUUUUACUGAAAGACCACAAUGAAAACAGCACACUAUAUUCCUUGAGCCUAAGGGGAUGCACUUUGUAUGCAGAUAUUGUGUCUGAUCUUUGCUUUGGCAGCUAUGCCUACUAGCCAUCUAUAAGGACUCAAUUUUGUGGAACCGUACUAUACACAGACAAAAAAAACCGAAUGCUGCAAGUUGGGAACACGAAGUGUUUUGUUAUUACAACAAUGUGUUCAAGUGUUUAUGUUUCUAUGCCCUUUUUUGUGUUUUGGCUACAAUUUGCGUGUGCUAAUGUAGUGAGAAUGUUUCGAAAUUCUAAUAAUUAUAAGUAAUUUAGUCAGGCAUCACUUGUCCGUUACUUUUGGUUGAUCUCAUUUUUUCAACAAGUUUGGAAACUUGGUCCUGUUCAAAAUAGACAGCUAACAAUUUUGGAGUUAUUGUUGUCAUAUUGCUUCUAAUAAUUUAAAGUUUGUCUGUUUCGUGA